AUGAUGGAAGCUCAGCAAGCACAGGCUUGGACUCUUGUCAAGACUCGUGAGGAUGACUUUUUUAUUGAUGAUUCUGAAGAAGAGAGGUCAGAUGAUGACCUCAUGGCAGUUGCUUAUGAAAAUGACAGUCCUCCAUCAGAAGAAGUGGAUCUUGCCACUAUUUUGAGGAAUUUUCACGAGGAUCACAUUUCUGGCAAUCUGGUAUCCACCAUCUGUAUCAGAAGGAGUAAGCUUCUGGAGAGUGCCAUUAAAGCAAUCUCCAGAGUGACUUUCUGUUGGAUGCAGUCACCACACAUAGAGUUUGUAGGAGAAGAUGCAGAUGAUAUGGGGGGACCACAGCGGGAGUUUUUCAGACUCCUGAUGAUAGAGGUACAGACCUCCCUCGGAAUUUUUGAAGGAAAGGCUGGCCAGGUCUUUCUUACUUAUGACCAAACGGCUCUAGACCAGCAAAAAUAUUUGAAAGGUGGCAACCUUAUCGCUUGGUCAAUUGCUCAUGGUGGUCCAUGCAUUAAGGCCCUGAAUCCUUGCCUCUUCCAGUUGAUGUGCGGCCAGGAGCCAACACUGGAGCAGUUUGACUGGCAUGUGCUGCCUGACCAAGAUGUGCAAAGCAAAGUCAAAAGGGUACAUCAUGAUUGUCAUUUAAAGAUGUAUUUGUAA